GUCUUUCCGGUUCUGCCAUUUUGCGGUUGCGGAUCGGUCUCGAGCUGCUGGUGCGUUUCUUACCGAACACCGAUAAUAAAGUCUAAUAAAGAUAAUAAAACCCAGUUAAACCGGUAAAAUGUCAGAUUUUGACAGCAACCCCUUCGCGGACCCGGACUUCAGCAACCCGUUUCAGGAUCCAUCUGUGACACAAGUAACGCGGACUGCCCCACCUGGCCUGGAGGAGUAUAACCCUUUCACAGACACAAAGCCGGUCCCGCCAGGCUCCGCCCCUAAAUCAGUCCCGCCCACAGCCAACACACAGCCGGCCAUCAUGAAACCCACCGAAGAACCGCCAGCUUACACUCAACCUCAGCAGACACAGGAUCAGGUGCGAGCCCAGGCGGAGUUAUUGAGGAGACAGGAGGAGCUGGAGAGAAAAGCCGCUGAGCUGGACCGCAGGGAGAGGGAGAUGCAGUCUCUCAGCUCAUCAGGAGGGAGGAAAAACAACUGGCCGCCCCUUCCAGAGAAGUUUCCGGUGGGUCCGUGUUUCUAUCAUGACAUAUCAGUGGACAUCCCUGUGGAGUACCAGAAAACCGUCAAGAUCAUGUACUAUCUGUGGAUGUUCCACACAGGGACGCUGUUUGCCAAUAUAUUUGGCUGUUUGUCGUGGUUCUGUGUAGAUGCGUCGAGGGGAGUGGAUUUUGGUCUGGCCAUAUCCAUUGUUUAUGUUUGUAGUGGCUGGAUCUCAGCGCUGACCGGGCUGAACACAAGUAUUCCCGUCGGCAUCAUCAUGAUCCUGAUUGCUGCCCUCUUCACUGCGUCGGCUGUCAUCUCUCUCAUCAUGUUUAAAAAGGUUCAUGCGCUGUACCGAACCACCGGCGCCAGUUUCGAGAAGGCGCAGCAGGAGUUCGCCACAGGCGUCAUGGCCAACAAAACGGUGCAAACCGCCACUGCUAACGCCGCCUCCUCUGCUGCCCGGGGAGCCUUCAAAGAGCAGAUCUGAUUGGUCCAGAGAACUCCGACUCCGCCCAUGCUACUUUGACCCCGCCCUCCGCAUUCCGCCUAACUGUCUUUACAGCCAAUCAUCAGCUCUGACUGGCUGUUCAAGACCACACCCACUCUCUUUAACUUAAUGCACUCCUGUGACUGAGACCCCGCCCACAGCCCCUCCCCUCCUGUCAAUCAGCAGGUGUGCUCACCUGUUCUUUAGUUGGAGUGAGUGUGUGUGUGUGUGUGUGUGUGUGUGUGUGUGGAACGCCUGUCUGUGAGUAAACAGCCUAAAGAUUCACUUUAUAUGUUCACAUCACUGUUGGGUGUCAGUUUGUCCCUGUUAAACAACAGGAAGUGAUGUCAUCCAGUGUCCUUUUAUGGGAUCCAAGGAAAAAAGAAUGGUUAUGCCCUCACAGGUCUGUCUUACCGAUCAUCUCCGCUUAAACACUCGUAAAAUCACAUGUCCAGGUCACAAUUAACCUCAAAAUUGAAAAAAAAACAACAUUUACCAUAUUUUCUCUCAUUUUUUUGGACAGUUGAGCACAUUUAAAAACUGAUUAAAAUCAGUUUUGCGUUACAUUCAGCUUAAUUGUCACGAAAACGUCAUAAUGCAAAUGCCAUGUACGUGAAAUAAUUUUUUGCAUUACAAAAUGUUUGCUUUUCUGUAGAUUUUGGGGUAUAACAUGACAUUUUGCAUGCAAAAAUACACUUUUCUUUGGAUUUUGGGGCAUAAUAUGACCUUUUGUGUGACAAAAUGUGGCUUUUCAUUGGAUUUUGGGGUAUACCAUGACAUUUUGCAUAAAUAUUUGGCUCAUCUUUGGCUACAACCUUUUGCAAAAACAAAAUUUGGCUUUUCUUUCAAUUUUAGGGUAUAAUACAACCUUUUGUGUAACAAAAUUUGCCAAUUUAUUGGAUUUCGAACUAAAACGUGACAUUUUGCAUUAAAAAUGGUCACUUUUCUUUGGAUUUUGGGAUAUAACAUGAUAUUUUGCAUAAAAAACGAUAGACUUUUCUUUGGAUUUUGUGGUGUAAUAUGACCUUUUCAAGGUGCGAUUCGCUCCCAACUAUCAUUAUAAACGCUUCAUCCUGCAAAUGAGCCAUCAGUAUACAAAGACGUCCAUCAGAUGUGACCGUAAACGCUCCACCCGCAACUCAGAGGGUCUCUUUACCUGUAAAUAUAUAAAUAUGUAUAUAUUAAACCUGUAUGAUGACAUAAAGUAUUGACUGAUUUUAAACACAUGAAUGUUUUUGGGGCUUUCUGGUUUCUUUUAGUUCUUUCUAAUAGAGUUGUUUUGGAAUGGAAACUAAUUCUUAAAAGCGUGAACCACUCAGGAUACGUUCCUACACAUGCAUGGAAAGCUUGCCGAGCUCUCUAUAGGAUAAACUGGAAAACACUUUUAAAUCACAAUGAAAAUCUGUGCAUCGCCCGCGAACAUCGCUAACGACACGUGGCAUUUGUCCUGCAGAUGUGUGUAAGACUGUGCCGUGUUGGGCCGUCUUGAUGUUGGAUCCUGAAUUGCAUUGUCCGUCGUUAUUUGUCGGUUUGUGAUUUGAAGCAUAGAGCUUUUUAAAUGAUGUUUGUUUUCCUCUUUUUAUCGACUGGAGCAGAGAACCUUGUAGCCUUGGUUACUGUCGCCAAGAGACAGCCAAGUUUUGCAAUUAUGGGAUAUGCAUCAAGAUGCAAAUUGAUCUUAACCUUUCAGCAACACUCUGUGUGUGUGUGUGUGUGUGUGUGUGUGUGAGAGUGUGUGUGAGAGAACAAACUGUGUUCAUCACCUAUUUUCAGUAUUGAGUUUGUUUGAAGUCUUUUUAAUUUAUAACUUUAAAGAAGUAGAUCACC